GAAACGUGGGAAGAAAAAAAAAAAGGUAAAAUCUUGAUUCAGACUCAUUAGGAGCUCAGCGUGAAAGCCUCAACUUUGCUCGCAUUAUUAACCAUCCUCAAAGUGUAUUUUGAAAGAAAUCAUGCUUGUCAAAUUUACCUGCGCUGUAGUCACCAGGGCAUUAUUUAUUUUAGUGUCUCUCAUCGGUGUAUGGAGAGUGACAUGGGUGAAAAAUAAUAAUUCGUACUGGCUUCUUACUAUCCUCUAUCUGCCUCUCGUAGCUGAAAUGUUUUUAACUCUGAGAAGAAGAAAAGGGAAGGAUUAUAAAUGGUUUUCUCCAGCAAUAUUGUUUUUCCUCAUCAGUAUUAUACCAACCAUAUGGAUCCUUGAAUUGCACCAUCAGCAAAACAUGUCAGAUGAUACUAAGUGCAAUAAACUGGAUUCAUCUGGAUUCAGAUCCUUUCUUGAUGAAUUAAGAAAUUCUUCCAAUGCAACCGUGAAUCCACAGGACCCUCUGAGAUUAUUGUCAUCGGUUUGUGCCAAUGACUGGAUCUUGGCCCUUCACCAAAUCCUUCUGAUCCUGCUAAUAGUGGGGAAGUGGCUGUUACCAAUCGCUGGAGGGGUCACCAGAGAUGAAAUGUCCCAGUUGUUGCUCAUGUUUGUGGGCACAGCUGCUGAUAUCCUCGAGUUCAUCAGUGAGACGCUGCCUGAUGUGAAGGAGAACAGUCUGCCUUUUGUCUGCAUUAUUCUUGCAGUUUGGACAUGGAGCAUGCUACAGUUUCCUUUGCAUUUCUCAGUGGUGAACACCAAACCUGAGGAUUUUUGUGAAGGCCAGGAUGACUCUAUCCUCUCCAAGUACAGGACAGAUUUAUGGAACAUUGUUGGAUGUCUUUUGCUUCAAGAUGGCCCCUUCUUUAUUGUCCGACUUACAGUUAUGAUGUUUUUUUCUGUCUAUCAUCAAAUGCUGGUCUUCUUUACCAUUAAGAACUUUCUAGUAGUGAUGCUUAAUAUCUACAGGAUGUGGGUUAUUUGCAUAGAUUACAGAUCAUGAGAAGUGUAAAGAGGAUCUGGUUCGGUUAACCAACUGCAGUUAAACAAAUUCAUUGGCAUUAUUUUGAGGAACUGGCACUGUGCCAGUCUGAAUGAAAAGUUUGACUCAGAUAAACAUUUUGACUCAUUAUUAUAGAACAGCUUUUUGCUGUUGAAUUAUCAAUAAUACACGCAUAUACCACAUGUUAUAUUAUUAAUAAAGUUGUCUAAUUAAACACAUUAGAAUAAUUAAA